GAUCCGUAGACUUCCACGAUCAGCCGGCGGAUGACGCCAGCGAGUCCGAAAAGGCGUGCAGCGAGGGGAAACGAGACCACCCAAUCGCCGCGAGGCUUAUCGCCUCUCGGUGUCGCCCGCGAUGCCCGUUGUUCCCGUCACGUCACGUCACAUCGUCGACCGCUAUGUUUGCCUUUCACGCUGCGCCUUAGCGUCCCGCCCGCGACGCGUUAGAACCGUGUCGCCGCGUGAAUCGUAAGCGUACCGCGCCGUGUCCGAUUCGUUCCCCGAUGUCGCACGUGCAUCCCGUCGUCGACGGUUCGAGAUUGAUCCGCACCGAUAACGUGACGGUGAUGAGCUGCCCGUGGGGAACGGCGGUGCGAGACAACACUUCUGGUUUUUGACAGGGGUUUUUUCCAAUGCGCCCGCAGACAUAGAUUUCCCACCCGUGAACGGGCGAGCCUGGACAACCUGGAUUCCCCGUUGCUCACUGACUACAAGCGUUCAACUCCGGCGAACCGAGAUCUUCCGAUGUCGCCGCCGGCCCUGUCGUCUUCUACUUGUGUUUUCAUCUUUUAGAGCGUGUCGCGAUGCCGAUGACAGCGAGAGGGACCGCGAGGAUCCAGCUGUAAAGAUGGUACGUUUUCUUCUUCGUGAGUUCUCGUUUUCUAUGAGAAAGAGAAAUUUCCUAUAAUUGUACUCGAUCAAUUAAAGUAUACUUUGUUGAUUAACUUAAUUCUAGGAGCGCUUCUUAUUAAAGUUCUCAAAGCAUGAUGAUGUGUCAAAAAUAUAUUAAUCACAAGCCUAAGUUUUAUAAUAUACUUUUGACAAUUGGGUUUCUUGUUAUUGUAAAGACUAGAAAUGUACAAUAUAAGAAGAUAUGUUUCAAAUAUGAGGAAUUAACUUUGGUUACACUUAUAUUUGUUUUAAAUUAAAUCCAAGAAAAAAGAAGAGUUCUCAAGUUUGAUGUGCAUUAGUUGUAUCGCCAGAUGUUGGAACAGGAUGCAGCACCAUGCAAGUUUCUAAAGACUCUUGCAUGCUUCAACUUCCAGUAUAUAAGAGACAAGUAAGCAGUGGAAACUGUAAAUAUGUUGGCUUGAUCGCCUACGCAAGAUGAGAUUCAAUAAGCAGGAGCUACUGACCCUGGCCACUCAGCCUUCGCAGAAAUUUGAGAAGGAGGGUAUCCUGUAUGUAAGAGAACGGCAGGAGGGUUUCUUUCGCAGGACAGAAAGUACAAGUAAAAAAUUCGAGAACAAAAAUCAGAAAGGGAGGUCGCAUAAGAGUCUACGAGAUCUCAAUUGCGUUACUGCCGGCUUGAGCAAAGUAAGUCUCGAACGAUGGUGCAGACUGCGAGGCAACCUUCUGUUCUAUUUCAAAUCGCGGGAACAGUGGUCGGAGCCGCUAGGAGUGAUCAUACUGGAGCAGUGUACGGUACGCGUGGAUCCGUCCAGCACCCACGUUCCUUACGGAUUCAGCAUAGUUUUCGACGGAGGCUUGUUUCAACAGUUAGGCGCAAACACGGUCGAGGAACGGGACAGUUGGUUGCAGGCGCUACAGCUGGCCAGCUACGAGUGCAUGCGGAGCCAAUUGUUGUCAUUACGACAGCGCAUUGAAGCAUUCAGCGGGCACAAGCACGACACCGACAUACAGAUGUUGCGGCUGCAGCGCGGAACCUUCACAGAUCCAGCGGAAGUACCAAUGUGCGAGAUAUCAUUAGCCUGUGACAAUCUGUUGUGCGAUGGACAUGGCCGACCACCCACUCCUGUUUUAGAGAUAGAUGUACAGUCGAAAUCUUCCAAAACUUGGAUUAAAUAUGCACGAACGGAAGUUGUAGAGCGAAGUAGUAAUCCGAAUUUCUUAACUACGGUAAGUUUUCGAGCUAGCGAUGGGUUAACCACUGAAACGAAAAUUAGAAUAACUGCAUAUGACGUCAGAGAAAGAGUCAGUCAAACCGCAACUCCGAUCGGAAGCGCGAUAGUGACAUUUAGUACAGUGCAAGACACUCCUAGAUUAAGGAUACCGUUAAAGUCAGCGAAAACAACGACAGUAGGAUUUUUAACUAUUAACGUGUGGAAUCUGGAAGCUGAGGAUAAAGGGAAUAGCACAGAGAGUACACCGUCGCGAAAUGCAGUGUACAGCAGUAAUAAUCAGCAACAACUACCUUCGCACAGACGCUCGCAGUCGUUGCCUCCGAGAUUAGGAACGAAAAUUAAGUUCCCGCAUCAAGGCCAGUUAAAACUUCUCUUUGCAAAUCCAUUUGUGCAGACUUACAGAUUCCACUCCGGAUUAGGAGGUGACAUAUGCGUACAUGAGAUUAUGGCGGAGAGCAAACUUUGUUUCCAAUUUCCACAACAUUUACUAGGUAUUUGGAUACAAGAGGAAAAGGAAUUGUUACAAGAGGUAGCUGGAAUGGGAGAAUUGAGGGAGCCUUGGCAUACGAAGCAAAUCGAGUUGCUCGACCGUCAUCUUCAUUUGUUACAUUUAUAUUCCCAAGCCAAAGAAAACUUAGCCGCUUAUAAAGGGAGUUAUUUCAAGCAGUCGUCGCGAAAAAACGAUCGUACUCUUGAAUUUGCACCUUUGAAUUUACAUCUUCAACGAAUGUGGGUCCACAACGACACGUUGAAUAAGUGCGGAUUUUAUGAUUUUAUUAGCGUAGGAGCGUUUACCGCUCAUUCUCAUAAAAGCAAAAAUGGCGGACUCAUAAGAUUGGUGCAGGCACUGAAGGAGUCGCCUAUGCGAAGUAAUCAACUGUAUCAGGGAACAUCCAAAAUUACGAUGGCACACGAUGCGAUCCAAGCGAUCAAACAAUUACGCCGAGACGUUGUAGAAGCAAUGAGAUCAUUGAUGAAACUUGCCAAGGAGAAACAGACAAGUGGCAUGUUGCCGAUAUGCGAGGAUAUGAUCACGAAGACCAGGAUUUUACUUAGUCUCUGGGAUCCUGGCUUAGUAGAGGAGGCUUUAACGUUUUUGGAAGAGUACAAAGUCGCGAAGGUUCAAGAGAACUCGACCACAUCUUCGGACGACACUUUGACACUGGACUUUAAAGCCAAUCAAUCCUUGUCACCCUUCAAACGCAUUACACAACAGUUGAAUUUCGAUUUGAAGAGUCCUGAUUUCGAUGAUUUCGUCACGCCUGACACUCCCGAGUGUGUGCAGGAUAUCUGGUCAAAGAAUGGUAUAAAAAAUAGCCAGUACGCUUCCAUAACAUACUCAAGAAAUGAUGUGCCCAACAAUAAUACCGGCGAGGGCGAUAUUCCGGAAGAGAAUUUCGUAAUAUUUCCGGACGUAGAAGACGAUCCUAAACAAACAGAAGCGGAUAUCGAUGAGAGUAUUCAGCGAAGUCACGAUAACGAGAAAAAAGAGAGCUACGAUGACGACAAAGAAGAUCUGAAGAAUGAAACUGAUCCAUGCAAGCGUUUCUUGGACACUCAGAAGAUGUGCAAUUCGCCAUCCGCAAAUUAUUACAAACCUACAGAUGAGCCGGAACCGUGGGAUCUAACUCAGUUGAAUAUUGAGGCGAGUGUUAUGUGUCUUGUGUCGAAGGUAAAGUUUCUCUGUGGUAGAUGCAGCAGUCCGGCUAUACGAUUGCGUAACAAAGGUAACAUGGGUAGGACGCAAAGUUUGAAGGGAGGUGCUUGUUUGCCAAACAAUCGGCAUAACGUUGAGGUCGUUACAAUUCAGCCGAAAAAUGGUAUCAAAUGCGAAGAAUCGAACAAAUUAUUGGAGGAAUCGAACGAGCGGCUGCAGUCUAGCCCGGGUUUGGAAAAAUCGGCGCUUCCGAAGGCAAAGGAAGUGUGCCAAGCGGUUGAUUCGAUGACGCGCGUGAUUAAAAGUAAUUCAGGACAGAGAAACAAGUUUACCGAAGGCCUAGACUUUGCGUCAAUUGUCGAUUGGACGAGCGAGCUCAGGCCAAGCAUGAAGAAGCUGCGACAAGCCAUGGACGGUCUGCUGAAAACUGCCAGACUGACGCACUCUGUAUUUCGCGUACAAGAAGACUCGAAAACCGCGCAACGCGCGUGUAACGUCCGGUAUAGACGAGACGUUUGCUUCAGUCAGGCACUAACUGCCUUAGUAACCGGCAUAAUGGCGAAAUUAUGGUGCCAACGACCCGAUCCGAUGUUUCUGCUAAUACUCACAACUCUGGGACCAUUGGUCUCCUUUGAAGGCCUUCUUAGCUAUUACGGAGACGAGAUAGAUAUGUGGGGCGACAUGGCCGUAGCGGUCGAAGAUACACACACGGUUACAUUCACUCUGUCCAGAUGUGGUAUUCAACCCAGAGUUGAAGGAAAGUCUAGCGUGUUCCAGCUUCCUGUGCCGCGCGUAGUAGGAUCGCGGAGUGCUUUGACGGUGAUACUUCCGGUUCCGGAUACGAUUUACUCUCUCUUGCCAUUAGUGCCCUCUUCGAGACAAACGUUGUCAUUUAAUGUGACUCCGGUGUUCUUUAACGUCGGUAUCAAUGAGAUGGCUUCUUUAGCUGAGAGCCUCGGCACCACAAAGCCACAAGAGAAAAGUAAUAUGGAUAAUUUCGAUAGAUUAAACGAAUAUUAUUUGAGAUUUAAGAAGCUGAAUUUGCCGACGGAACCUACAUCUACGCGUUUUGCCGCUAGGUCAAUUCUGGGCCAUACAUUGUCGGACAUGAUGACCAAUUUAAAAACAUGCGUGCAAGAGAAAGUCAAUAAGAACGUAGAAAUCCUGCAAUUAUCCUCGCAAAUAUGUCGAAGAAUGCGCGGUUUGAGAUUCACCAGCUGCAAAAGUGCGAAAGAUCGAACUGGUAUGUCGAUCACUCUUGAACAAGUCAAUAUAUUAUCGUCGGAAUAUCAUUUGGCUGAACAUGAGUACAUGAGGGCUCUCGACUGUAUGCGAAGCGAGGGCUGUCGCCGGGAAAACACAUGGAAGAACAUCGGUGUGCGCAAAUAUGCGUUUAACAGUUUGCAGAUUUUGACGCUGCCCAGACUCUACCGGCCGCCGACCGGCACGUAUGGAUCUGCCCAGACUUAAGGGGAAAUCCAACCAGCGUUACGUACGCACAUUGCACGAAAUUAAGUUUAACUCUCUGGCUGUGUAAUCACGGAUUAACUUCCGUAGUAUGUGCUAAGUAUGUAGUACUUGUUACAGAAUAGCGGAUGCUAAACACAUCGAGAUGAGCAUUCGAAUAACGUAGUUCUUUAGAAAAUUUAUUGGAAAUACACGCGACUGGCACGUGUUAGGCGUACGAAAUGCCAACCAGGGACGUAGCAAUAUGAUAACAAGAAAAAAGAACUGUGCGUUCGCUUUUUAAUCUUUUUUUCGUUGAGAUUUUUUUAUUUACGCGUUUUGAGACUCGACUAAUUAUUGGUUGUGUAUAGAAAUUCAUAUUUUGUUUUUGAACAUGAGAACCGUAACUAUGCCUUCUUUCCUCCACUCAGAGCUACAUUAUUGCUUAGAUUUGCAAUAUAGAACUGACGCAAAGCUCUAAUGCGAGCUCGGAGCCGUGAAAUAGUAGGUGGUUAAUUAUUUACGUAAUGUGUAUGUAAUGGGGCUGGCCAGAAUUGCAGGAUGAAUUGAAUCAUAAUACAACCUUCGGUUUGUUUCCACACUCACUUUCGAAGAUUUUUUUAGUAUCCGUUUUCUAUUUCUAUCGUUAAGGUUUUUAUUUUGAUUCAAUUCACUCUUCAUUUCAACCCGUGAUUGUUAGCGAGUUUUUGCAACAUCGUAUUCUGAUCGUAAACGUUAAAUUUGUGCGCUUGAUAAUUUAACAAAAGCUGUUAAAACUAAAGAGAAUAAAGAUUAUUAUUAUUUUUAUUAAUAACAUAAGUUGCAAAUAAAUCAUGAGUUAUCGGUUAUUUUCAUUGCAUUGUUGCGUGUGAUUUUUAGGGUUUAUCAUGUUCAAAACGGUAUUGCAAAAGCUCUCUGUUAUAUCUAACCGAAUCUAUCGUGUUCGUUGAAUUGAUUAUUCGCCUUUACAGAAAUUAGCUUGGUGCCAUCUUCUGCCAUAUUAUUACUCAUGGAAUAUUCAAUAAUGAUUAGCAUCAAUUUUGAAGAGAUAUCAUAUAAACGUCGAUAUUAAUGUUGCUCUGAAAACGAACGACAUUGUAUUUAACGGGAGAACAUUAUUUUCACACGCGUCUAUGCGUGUGUGGAAAUUUCCGUGUUAUAUCCAACAUUUUGUCAUACAAAGGAAUCCAAACCACAUAAACACGUAGCCGUAUUUCCAUCACCCCAAUUGAAUAAUCUACUACUAAUCACGUUACCAUAUCCGUAAAUAUAGACGGUAGAUUUCAACAGGUUGGACAUUGUUUUCAAUAAAUUAUUAAUUUUA